AUGUCUAAUUGGGCUGACACCUCUUUGAACUCCGUUCACGCUUCCUCGAACGCGGCAAAAACUGCCCAAGACCCUGACACCGCCAACGUUAUGAUAGCCGCCAAAGAUAUGAUAGCUGCUACUGCGGCCGCUCAAUCCUGCAAGAAGAUGGUUUUCGGGCUUCCGACCGUGGUCAAAAGUCCUCCGGCCGCCAAUCAAGCGGCCGCCAAUCAAGCUACUGAAACCAUCAAACCCCCGACCGCGACCAAAGAUAUGAUCGCCGCUUCCUCGGCCGCUCAAGCCUCCAAGAACAUGUUUUUUGGCCUUCUUGCCGCCGGCGAAGCUCCUCCUGAUGCAAUUCCAGCAACUACUAACGUUGUAAAGGCCCCAAACCCAAUCAAAGAUUUCAUAGAUCCCUUCCUCCUUCAGCUUUCCGAAUCUAAAGAAGAAAUGAAUAUAAGCCCAAACAACCAACAUACUGAAAAAGAGGAAGAUGUAAAUGGCGAGCUUGAGAAAGAAGAUGAUGAUGAUGAAUUCGAUGAUGAGCUAGUUAGAGAAGACAAGGUUAUCACAAAGUUUUUGAAUUUAUUAGAGUCUCAGCCUGGUGACGAACAACACAAAGAGAUACCAAUACCUGACCAUAUUUCGGCAGAGAAUCUACCGGCCGAGAUUGAAUCUGAAGACAAUCAAGAUAGUGAAUCCUCCGAUUCCAAAGGCCAAGAGUCGCAUGAAGGCAUUCCUCCUCCUCCUGGUGGUAUCUAUGCGGAUCCUGAUUCCCUCAAGAGAUCAGUCAAAGGAUUCGCUCGACGCAAAGGCUACGCUAUCACACUCAUUUUGUUUAUAAUUCUCUUUAUUUGUGAUCGAUCUCUUGUUAUUUCUUCCUUUCUCUCAGUAAUUGGAUACUCUUGUUCAUUAUUGGUACAUGCACAAAUUUAG